GCACUCGCGUCCUGCAGCCUCGGAAGUCGGUGCCGCGCGUCGUCCGCCGCCCGCCGCCCGCCGCCCGCCGCGCGCCCCCGCCCCGCGCCAGCUCCCGCCGCCGCGCGCCCGCAGGCCGAGGGCCGCCACCCGCCGAGCUCCGGGCCGGAGCGCUCGGCCGCCGAGCCGGGCCGCGGUGGGGACGGCGCCCUUUGUCCCCCCUAGACUCCGGAAAGUUUGCGGCGGGACGCGCGCGGGGAGGCGGCCGGGGCAGCCCCGACGUCGCGGGAGCGAGUGCGCCGAGCCAGCAUGGGCAGCGGGCGCGGCGCGGGGGGCCGCGGCGGGGCCGCCCCGGGCGUGCUGCUGGCGCUGGCCGCCGCGCUCCUGGCCGCCGGCUCGGCCAGCGAGUACGACUACGUGAGCUUCCAGUCGGACAUCGGCUCGUACCAGAGCGGGCGCUUCUACACCAAGCCGCCGCAGUGCGUGGACAUCCCGGUGGACCUGCGGCUGUGCCACAACGUGGGCUACAAAAAGAUGGUGCUGCCCAACCUGCUGGAGCACGAGACCAUGGCCGAGGUGAAGCAGCAGGCCAGCAGCUGGGUGCCCCUGCUCAACAAGAACUGCCACAUCGGCACCCAGGUCUUCCUCUGCUCGCUCUUCGCGCCCGUGUGCCUCGACCGGCCCAUCUACCCGUGCCGCUGGCUCUGCGAGGCCGUGCGCGACUCGUGCGAGCCGGUCAUGCAGUUCUUCGGAUUCUACUGGCCGGAGAUGCUCAAGUGCGACAAGUUCCCCGAGGGCGACGUCUGCAUCGCCAUGACCCCGCCCAAUGCCACGGAAGCCUCCAAGCCCCAGGGCACAGCUGUGUGUCCUCCAUGUGACAACGAGUUGAAAUCUGAAGCCAUAAUUGAACAUCUCUGUGCGAGCGAGUUUGCCCUGAGGAUGAAAAUAAAAGAAGUGAAGAAAGAAAACGGCGACAAAAAGAUCAUCCCCAAGAAGAAGAAGCCCCUGAAGCUGGGGCCCAUCAAGAAGAAGGAGCUAAAGAAGCUCGUCCUGUACCUAAAGAAUGGGGCCGACUGCCCCUGUCACCAGCUGGACGACCUGAGCCACCACUUCCUCAUCAUGGGCCGUAAGGUGAAGAGCCAGUACCUGCUGACGGCCAUCCACAAGUGGGACAAGAAAAACAGGGAAUUCAAAAACUUCAUGAAGAAAAUGAAAAAUCACGAGUGUCCCACUUUCCAGUCGGUCUUUAAGUGAUGGUCAGGGGCGGCUGGGGUGCAGGCGGGGCUGAGCCGACGUCCCUGGGAGCUGGCAGCUGGCACGCCCUGCCGCUGCCGGUAGGGGGCGCUGUAACCCGGUUGGCUUUGCUCUCCCAGCUCCCGCCCCCUCCCCUCCAGCCGCGCUCCAGAGCCCAGGUAGCCAAUAUUUAAAGCCGCUCGCCCAGGUAAGAGGAGCCCCAUUUAGAUUAGGAAGCCUUUUCAGUCUACUGUGUGGACCAGCAUGUCACUAGUAAAAGGAGGUGCGGAACCGUUUUCAGCCAGAGAUGUACUCACUAAAAAAGAAAAUGUUGCCAGUUUAAGGAAAAGGGAAUUGGGCAAAAACCAAGUUCUGAAAAUUUCUUUGUGUCCUUAAAAAUUGCUUAUGGAUCUGUCAGCUGAUCUCUGCCUUUGAAACUAGAAUAUUCUAACCCCUGGUAAGAGGCCUUGCUUUCCGUUUCAGAGAAUUUUUCUGUCCACCUGCUUUAGACAGAAACACACACACACACACACACACACACACACACACACACACACACACACACCACGUUUAGAACUUUUAAGAUCAAUUCCAGAAAGGUAGAGGUGCAGGGGGGAAAAGCCGCAAAGACAGUGUGUCACAGAACAAAGGGAGGUCAUGCCUGCCCUGGCUUCCCCCGUGAUUGUCCUUCCCUCUGAAUCAGCUGGUUUCUGGUGCCCUGAGCAGUUGGCACCGGCCUCUGUGCUGGUCCACCCCCCAGAUACGUGGAGGCUGCACUAGCCUGCCUGUGUGUGAGGAAGAGGCUGCACUGCGGCCACCGAACCAGUGGCAGGAGAGAGACAAUGAUUUUAAGACUGAGAAGGCAAUGCUGAGUGGUUUUUGAAACACAUAGCUCAAGAAACUAGAAUAUUCUAACUCCUCAAGAAGAAACAAAGAGGAAAAGAUCUAGAACAGUCAGGCAAAUUGCUAGUCAGGGUGAAUUGUGAUUGGGUGGAGAGCUGAGUGUUCUAAUUUCCUCUGUUCACCUUUUUUUUUUAAAGAGAACAACAAAAACCCUGUUUGCUUUUCUAGGUUUUGAAAAUCUACAUUGAGUAUUUGAAAGGUAUGUUAAGACCAGGGUCUCCUGAAGCUUGAUUCCUAUAGGUCAAAGAAAUUGAGAAGAGCCAACCUGUCUGUCCUCCUGCACUGAAAAAAAAAUGUUUGUUUUCAUUCCUGCAGAAGGAAAGUCAAGCCACAAGUGUCCCCUUCCAAGGAGAGAGUUUCAAAGGCAGCACAAGUCUGCAGAUUUUCCUAAAGGCUCUAAGAUAGUUCUCAAAGCCUUGUGUUUAGUAAGUGCUGAACUAAAGCCGUUCACUUAAGCAACUUUAUUACCUCUUGUUCAGUGUAUAGGAAGUCAUUCUAAACAAGUAAUGUUAAUUUCUCCCCCAAGCCAGAGUCUUAAUUCUCUGUAACAUCUAGAGAACUUCUGCAGUCACCCCUCUGGGUGAAUGUUUAUACCCCCUCGGGAGACUGCAGUGAGGCUGGGAAGUGUUACCCUGUAGCCCUGACCUGACACAGAAACAGAGUGACAUUCUGUUAAUGUCUGAAGACUGCAGUCUGAAAAUCAGCCUGUUGACUUUGUUCCCUGCCUGAGGGUUAUCCUGAUAUAAUGAACCUCUCAUGAUUAGUGAUCCCAUCAUUUUAACAUUUUUUUUUUUGUUAUUUCUGACCUUUAAUCACAAAGUUUGGGGGACCUUAUGUGAUUUGCCUGUAAUUUUGGAUAAUUUUUUUUUGAAGUGUGUAUAUAUAUUAGUUAAUUAGAAAUAAUUCUACUUUCCUGUUGUCACCUGAAAUUCAGAGCAAUUUCAUGAAUGUAUGGAUCUGAAUCUUAGUUUUGGUUGAUUAACUGAAGAGUUCAGUGAUCAUAUGUCUCUUGUUCAUUUUGACAGCUUGUCAUGCAAUAGGGCCCUCUGUCCAAGGCAGAGGCCUUAAGGAGAGGGCUUUAUGUUGGAUGUUAGCAGCUACCCCAGAAAGAAUAUGGAAGAAUAGGUGGUCAUGUUGCACCUUUCUGAGUGGGAAUUGCCAGGUAGGAAGUGGCAUUUUUAGAAAGAGCCCCAAAUAAAAUGGAAAUGUGAGGUGUAGCUGAAGGUAUUCCCCAACCUCAGAGUCUUAGGACUUUGAGUUUUGCUGGGGAUUUGAGAUGCCCACCAGCUUUGUCUGCAUACAUCAGCAAUUUCAGGGUGCAGAGGGAGGCUAUGGGCCUAGUGCUGCGUUUUUAUCACAAAUCUUUGUUUUUCUCAACAAAGGAUGUAACCCAAUCUAUGUGCAGACUCAUUGGCCUGGCCACUGGUUUUUCCAAUAGGUCUCUGGUGUCUGUAUGUGACUUGGCAAUUAUUGAUAAUGCAGAGGUCAUAUGUGCAGAGGUUUCAGAUAAUCAUUCUGCGUAGAAUCCUGUGAGGUCAUUGGCAGAACUGAGCUCAACCUUUGAAGAAUAUCAGUAGUUAUCUUGGAAGACAAAAAGAGAAGUGAGGAUCCCAAGAACACUUUAUUUUCAGGAUAUACUGUGUAACUCUUGGCACUUGCUGCUGGUGCAUUACCCACCAGGACUCCCUAAGGCAGGAUCCCAUCUGAACACUGGUUGUCGCUUGGAUCAGUAACACACAGAAACCCUUUUGCCCAAACCUAGAAUCUGUGUUUCUCAUCAGAUUCCAAGUAACUAACUGCUCUGGUUGUAACUCCAUAGAUGCGGUGGGCUCAGACGAUCUGUCUUAGAAACGCACCUUCCCUAACUCCCUGAAUAAUGUACUGGCCGUUGCAACCUCUCACCAGCAGGUACAUAGGACACAGAUGAAAUUCCUGUUUCCUCUAGUUCCUUCCCAUAGCCCUCCUUUCUUAAAGUCUACAUCUUUUACAAAAGCUUUGAAUACUGUGAAAAUGUUUUACAUUCCAUUUGUGUUGUUUUUUUAACUGCAUUUUACCAGAUGUUUUGAUGUUAUCACUUAUGUUAAUAGUGAUUCCCAUAUGUGUUCAUUUUACUUUCAUGCUUUUCCUGCCAUGUAUCAAUAUUCACUUGACUAAAAUCACACAAUUAAUCAAUGAUAA